GGUCUCGUUAUCUUGUUAGAAAUUCUUUGAACACUCAAAAACACCAAAAAUGGCGGAAACACAAGUGGCUCCGAUAUCGAAUCGUAUGAAUGAUAUCAUUCAUAAUCUGCUUCCUGCCGCUGCCGCCGCCGACCAUGCUGAGCCUAAUCCUGAACUAGUCAACUUAUCUCUGGCCGGCAAUCAACUUAUUCGUGGUGAAUUGUUGGAUAUUUGUAAAAGUGACAUUGCAAAGAAUUUAACUCAGAAGACUUUCAACUACCCAAUGGGACUAGGAGGAGAUCCUUCCCUGAUGCAAGCACUAUCCUCGUUCUUCAAUACAUAUUUCCAGCCAUCAACUCUCGUUACUCCCGAUCACUUUGUCGUUGCCGCUGGAGCCGGGUUUAGUCUCGAUGCUCUUGCAUCCAGUAUAUGCGAGCCAGGAGAUUCCCUUCUUGUUCCCGGUCCUUAUUCUUUCGGCGCAUAUAUCUACUGCCAUGCUGGUGCUAAACUUGCCCCUGUUUAUCCCGCACCAUAUUCUACGGCUCUUUCUUCAAAUCCAUUGAUUCCUGCUCUCGAAGCGGCCUAUGAUGGUGCUACCAAUCCGAAAUGUAUCAAGGGAUUGAUUAUCUGUAACCCACACAAUCCAUUUGGACGAUGUUAUUCGAAAUCUGCACUGCAGUCGAUUUUGAAAUGGUGUUCGCAAAAGGGAUUGCACUACAUCUCCGAUGAAGUAUACGGUGGGAUACAGUUUGGGGACACGCAGAGCGAUAGAUUCGUAUCAGCACUAUCUCUACUGGGCGAUAGUUCAGACUCCGAUGAUGGAAUAGUAUUCGAUAAAAGCAAACUCCAUGUUCUCUGGAGCACGAGUAAACUAUUCGGUAUACCUGGGAUUAGACUGGGUUGUUUGAUCACUCAAGCCAACCCCAUGGUUCGCAUUGGAUCUAUAAUUUCAACUUAUAAUCAAAGUUCAUCUCUCUCUGCUCUCCUGCUCACACAUGUCCUAAACUCAACCGAACUUCCUGCUUUAUUGAGCAAGAAUCACGAACUUCUCGCCAAUUCAUACGACCUAUUUUCUUAAACUUUGACUCGUCUUGGUAUUGAAUUUCUACCCGCA